CGCCGCUCGCUGGUGUGGCCGGAAGCGGCGGCCCCGGGAACGGCCCCCGGAGCGGCGGCCGCGGCGCCGCCAUGAAGCGGGACGUCCGCAUCCUCCUGCUGGGGGAGGCCCAGGUGGGGAAGACAUCCCUGAUCAUGGCUCUAGUGGGCGAGGAGUUUCCUGAAGAGGUGCCUCCUCGCGCGGAGGAGAUCACGAUCCCGGCUGAUGUCACACCCGAGAAGGUCCCCACACACAUAGUGGACUACUCAGAGUCGGAGCAGACAGAGGAUGAGCUGCAGGAGGAGAUUGCUAAGGCAAACGUGGUCUGCGUGGUGUACGAUGUCACCAAGGAGGCCACAAUCGAGAAGAUUCGCACAAAGUGGAUCCCCAUGGUGAAUGGGGGAGUUGAAAAGGGCUCCAGGAUCCCCAUUAUUUUAGUGGGAAACAAGUCUGACCUGCAGGUGGGGAGCUCCAUGGAUGUCAUCCUGCCCAUCAUGAACCAGUUCUCGGAGAUUGAGACCUGCGUGGAGUGCUCUGCCAAGAAUCUCAAGAACAUCUCCGAGCUCUUCUAUUAUGCCCAGAAAGCUGUGCUGCAUCCUACUGCCCCACUCUAUGACCCAGAGGAGAAGCAGCUGAAACCUGCGUGUGCCCGAGCCCUGACACGGAUUUUCAACCUCUCGGACCAGGAUAACAACCAGAUCCUUAGUGAUGAUGAACUCAACUACUUCCAGAAGUCCUGUUUUGGAAACCCACUGGCUCCCCAGGCGCUGGAGGAUGUGAAGAUGGUUGUGUGGAAGAACACCACAGAUGGGGUGCAGGACAACGGCCUGACGUUGAACGGCUUCCUCUUCCUCAACACACUCUUCAUCCAGAGGGGCCGGCACGAGACUACCUGGACCAUCCUUCGCCGCUUCGGGUAUGAUGACGAGCUGGAGCUGAUGGAUGACUAUCUCUACCCACAGUUCCGCCUUCCACCUGGCUGUUCCACAGAGCUCAACCACUUAGGCUACCAGUUCCUGCAGCGGCUCUUUGAGAAGCACGACAAGGACCAGGAUGGAGCCCUCUCCCCCACAGAGCUGCAGAACUUUUUCAGUGUCUUCCCCUGCGUGCCCUGGGGCCCCGAGCUCUACAACACGGUAUGCACCACUGAUAAAGGCCUGCUUUCCCUGCAUGGAUUCCUCUGCCAGUGGACGCUCAUGGCUUAUCUGGAUGUGCGGCACUGCCUAGAGUGCCUGGGCUACCUGGGCUACCCCAUCCUCUCGGAGCAGGACUCCCAGACACAAGCCCUCACGGUGACCCGGGAGAAGAGGAUUGACCUGGAGAAAGGCCAGACCCAGAGAAACGUCUUCCUCUGCAAGGUGCUGGGAGCCAGGGGCGCAGGCAAGUCCACCUUCCUGCAGGCCUUCCUCGGCAGGAGCCUCGCGGCCCAGAGGGGGAACCCAGGAGAGCCAUCCUCCUACGCGAUCAACACGGUGCAGGUCAACGGGCAGGAAAAGUAUCUUAUACUGUAUGAGGUCAGCGCCGACACGAAAUUUGUGAAGCCGUCAGACACAGCCUGUGAUGUCGCCUGCUUCAUUUAUGACCUGAGCGACCCCAGAUCCUUCAGCUACUGUGCCAGUAUUUAUAAGCAGCACUACAUGGACAGCCAGAUCCCAUGUGUCUUCGUGGCCUCCAAGACAGACCUGCCAGAAACAAGUCAGCAGCCCGGGCUCUCCCCCACCGAGUUCUGCUACAAGCACUGCCUCGCGCCACCCUUCCUCUUCUCCUGCCACAGCCAGGGCCCACCCAGCACCACCAUCUACACCAAGCUGGCCACUGCCGCCACCUUCCCCCACUUGAACGCUGUGGAGCUGGGAGCUGCGUCCUUCUGGCUCCGGGUGGCUCUGGGGGCGACGGUGACUGCUCUGGUAGGGUUCACGCUGUACCGUGUGCUAGCCAAGAACAAAUGAGAGUUGCUCUCUACCCCGUCCCCUCCAUGACACCAGCCUCUCCCUCCUGAAUGACACCCUGGUGAAGGGCUCUGCCUCAAGGUGGUCCCUGGUGGGAAAUAUUCCUUUCCCCCCAGCCUCAAUUUCAGGACCAGUGAAACCGGACUUCCAAGCACCAGCAGGAUAGAUCACCUGGCACCGGCCAGCCUAACCCUUCCGGCCUGUGCCACCUCCUUGCCCACAUGGCUCCUGCCCAGCCAUGGCAGCAGCGGCCAGGCAGCUCUGCCUCACCAGCAGCUGGAGGAUUACCCCCAUCUUUUAUUCUGUUAAUGUUUUUUUAACAUUUGUUUUUAAGCUAACGUGAGUGUUUCAGUAUGUGUUGGGCCAGGCACAUGCCUUCCCCAGAGGGCUGUGCUGGUGCCCUCAAUUCUGGGGGGCAACACUCCUGGAACCCCUGGGUCUUCCAGCAGCAGCAGCAGAGCUGUCCAAUGGGCUCAUGGCUUCAGCCCCCCAGGCACACCUCCAUCCCCAGGGCCUGUUUCCCUCUGCCAGCACUGGAAAGGCAGCCAUGGAGGGCCAGGCACUUAAACCCCCCUAAGCCCCUGUGUUCUGGGGCCACUCCUGGCCCUGGCUGAGAUGCUGCGGCUACAGCCCCCAGACCUGGGCUGCAAGGGGAGGGAGUGAUACCCAGGACUUGUCCCAGGCCCUUUCUCUCCUGUUCCUGUGCAAAAAUACUAGGUCCUGCAGCGUGCCAGGCUUUCAGCCCAUCUCCCCUCCUCCCCUGCAUGGCCCAUCCCUACCCACCCCUGCCCUGGCCACCAGUAUAGUAUUCGCAGGAGCCCUGGUAAGCUGGGGAGGGUUGUAGGGUGCCCACUGCUUUCCUGAGGGCAGGCCACAGUCCUUCCCUGGCAGUGCCAUGGCUGAGCUGGUGCCAUGCCAUAUACUGGCAUACAACCCUUGUCCUGCUGUCCCCUCCGCGGGGCUCUGGCUGCACUGAGGCUGUCCCAGAGUGCGAGGCUGGCUCUGGGUGUUGCAUCUCCUAGUACAACUGGAAGCUCUUUCCUCCCCUGUCCCCUACCUGCACCUGAGCCAGCCUUAGCUGCUGGGCAGCUGCCGUGACUUCAGCCCAGCUCAGAUCCAGGGCCAUAGUCCCACAGUGUCCCUGCCUCCGAGUCCCAAAGAGCGAGGCCAACCUGUGCUGGCCUCCAGGCUCAGCUCACACCCAGCCCUGGGCUCCCAUCCUGCCAGGGGGGAGCCCAGGUCAGCUCCUGGCUCAGUGACACUAGCUCUUAGGCUUUUCAAGCACACUCAGGGUAGGUUUCUUGCCGGGCAGCACCAAGGUACAGCUGGAGCUGCUUUUCUGUAUGUUGUCUGUUUAAACUUAUUAUUGUGUCCUGGAGCCAGUGAGGGGGUUGAGAAGUCACUGGGUGGCAGCCAGCAUUUCUUACUGGGGCAGUCAUAGGGUGGUGCCCCCGUUCUGCCUGUGCCCGGUCCCCAGCGCUGGCUGAACAGGGGGUCCAUGCCAGGGAUGCUCUGCCCGUCAGGCACCAGCUGCCAUCAUGCUCGCUGCCGGCCCAUGGUUUAUGGCACUGCGAGGGCCACCUCCCUGGUGUUUCCUUAUCCCCUCUCCAUGCCCGAGCCCACCGCACUUGGCUCUGCUAGCCAGGUCCUCGUCUGGUGGUCUGACCCUGCUCCUGGCACCGGUCCAGGUCUGGCAAAGCCAUACCGUUUUAGGAGGUUUGUUCUCUACAUGAAAAUAAAUUUUUACACACCUUCCGCUUGCA